GGUAGUAGUAAACCCCACGAGGACAUUACCUAUAUACUUGAUACGUCUGGCAGGGUACAAAGUACCGUAACAACGGCCUUGCAGCCAGGAACGUAGGAAUGUGUGAAGCAGAUCUAGAACCAUGCAUAGUCGCUUUAGGCGUAUCAAUAUUGUUAACUGAACCGUAUGGCUGAGGGGUUCGAAGAAUAUCUAUCCAAGUAUCCCCAACUCCUCUGGUCCAGUUACUGUGCUAUACACUGGCCUUGCCUCCCCUCCCUAUCUCCAGUUCGUCCGAGUCGUUCGUUUGAUCGGUCGUUCGUUCGCUCACUCACCGUGUCUGUUCCCCCCAUCGCUCUACCACACGAUGAGCAGCCCAGCAGGUGCCACGCCAGCGGUCCCAACAGGGCCGUUCAUCGACCCGGCGAAAGAGUCGCUGCCUCCCAGAGCCGUGCUCCUGGUAGCGCCCGUAACCACAUUCUUCAUCUUGGCGAUAAUAUGUAUCGGCCUUCGACUGUGGGCGAAGCGCAUAAAGAAGAUCUCGCUUCGGUUUACUGACUAUGCUAUCAUUGUUGCUGCCGUCUUUUCGGCGGGAUAUCUUUCCAUCUGCUGGCUAGUGGCUAAACAAGGCGGCGUUGGCUUCCCGCUUGUACAAGUGGCUCCUCCGCAGCGUACACUUACACAAAAGUCGUUCAUCGUAGCAUGGCUUCUGCAAGCGUGGGCCAACACCUUCGUGCGGUUAUCCAUCCUCGACUUCAUCGCGCAGGUCUUCUCCGUGAAGAAGUUCCGCAUGGUAGUCUACUUCUUCGAGGGAUGCGCGAUCGCGUACCUGGUCGGCUGCACGAUAACUUUCUUCGCUAUCUGCAGGCCGAUCAAGUACAACUGGGAGGUCGGCCCUGCAGCUCUGCAGCACUGCGGCAACUUGAGCAUGAAGUUUCUCCUCAGCUCCAUCUUCAACCUCACCCUUGACGUGUGCAUCCUGGUCCUCCCGAUGCCCAUGCUCUGGACGCUGCAGUUGAACUCGCGCAAGAAGAUCGCCUUGACUGUCGUCUUCGGCCUCGGUAUUUUUGUUUGUUUCGCUACUGCGUGGCGUACAUACAACGUGGUCCACUUCUCCACCCCGGAAGCGAAGUUGAACUUCACCAUGACGGUCGUCGACGACGCCCUAUGGUCCGGACUCGAGAUCAACCUCGGCAUCAUCAACGCGUGUCUCCCCGUCAUGCCCGCAGCGCUGCAGCGAAUCUUCAAGAUUCCCUUUCUUAGGCUCAUCUCUUUCUCAACAUGGCGCCCCGCCAGCGGCUCCGAAGCCUCAGGUUUAAGGCCGACGUGGAUGCGUCUCGGCAGCACCAAGGGCGACAAGAACGGAAGCAUCUCGCGCAAGGUCGAGUACUCGGUAGAUGUCGAGGCGAAUCCCAUGGGCCACAUCCCGAUGGAGAAUAUGGGCUCAACGACAAAGCUGGCUGAUAACCAGUGGCCGACGUAUCAAUACACUGCUACGAAUCAGUAUCACCCCAGCGGGAAGCCUCAAGGUCUCCCGGAGCAAUAUGUUCAACAUCGGUAUAGUCAGAAUCAAUAUCCCCAAAAUCAAUAUCCCCAGGCUCAAUAAAGGGGAAACUUGGAGAUUUAGGUUAUGGGGACGGCAAACUGGUUAGGAGCGGGCAUUUCAAUCUUGUUGUAUUUUAUUUAUAUCAUGUACAUAUAAACCAGAACUAUACAAUAGUUCUUACGUCGAUGCUUUACGUUGAUGCUUUACGUCGAUAUCUGCAUUCUAUGAAAUUUUACUUUAUUUUCGCGUUCAAAA